AUGGACAGACUACCAAUUCUUCAAUGUCCACAACUACGAAACAAGACCGGUGAUCCGGUGAUUAGACAUGUGUUAAUUGCAAAUCGUGGAGAGAUUGCUUGCAGAGUAAUCGAAACCUGCAAACGUCUUGGCAUCACAUCGAUAGCUGUGUUCACCGACCCUGAUAAAGGGGCUCUGUAUGUCAAGCAGGCAGACCAGGCGAUCCCACUUGGAGAUAUUGCCGGGCAAGAUGGGAAUCCCCACCUGAAUAUCAGGCUUCUCGUGAAGACUGCUCAGGAAUAUGAAGCUGAUGCGAUCCAUCCCGGCUAUGGCUACUUAAGUGAGAACUCCGAGUUUGCAGAAGCAAUACGACAGUCAGGAAUGCUAUUCCUCGGUCCAUCGCCUGAGAGUAUGGCAGUGCUUGGAAACAAGCGAUCCGCGAAGGAUUAUCUCCUGGAGCACGCACCUGAGGUUCCUCUCAUUCCAGGAUACAAUGGUUCGGAUCAAAGUAUCGAGCGGCUCUUGAAAGAGGCGGACCAAAUUGAGUAUCCAGUCUUAAUCAAAGCUUCUGCCGGAGGCGGCGGAAAGGGAAUGAGGAUUGUGUACGAGAGAAGCAAAUUCGAAGAUGAACUGGCAAGAGCUCAAUCGGAGGCGGAAAGGGCGUUUGGGUCCUCGGACUGCAUUGUGGAGAAAUAUAUUGAGCGAAGCAAGCACAUCGAGAUACAAAUCUUGGGUGAUACACAUGGCCAAGUGGUAUCGUUGCUGGAUCGCGAAUGCUCUAUUCAACGACGACAUCAGAAGGUGAUUGAAGAAGCACCAUCACCAUGGCUCUCGGAUGAACUCAGAAAAGCAAUGAGCAUGACUGCAAUUCAGAUUGGCAAACUCCUCAACUACGUCAGCGCUGGGACUGUGGAGUUCAUCGUGGAUGUCGACACCUCGAAGUAUUACUUCCUCGAGGUGAACACUCGGAUUCAAGUCGAGCACCCUAUUACCGAAGAAACAACCGGAACGGAUAUUGUCGCUCUUCAGGUAUAUGUGGCGAGUGGAGGAUCUCUGGAUGCGCUUGGGUACUUUAAAGACGGAUUGGCACCUCAGGUUGGGCAUGCAAUCGAAUGUCGCCUUUGCGCUGAAGACCCUUACCGCGACUUUUACCCAGACUCAGGCAUCAUCCGACGUUGGACGCCAGCUUCAUCAGUCCUUUCAAGGUCGAGAGAUGCGUAUUCGCGUUUUGACUCGGGCAUCGAGACUGGUUCGCAAGUCUCGGUGUUCUUCGACUCUUUAAUGGCGAAAAUAAUAGUCUGGGCGCCGACAAGAUCACUGGCCGUAUCUCAUAUGGCCAAGAUCAUGGCCAACACGGUCUGCAUCGGAAUCAGAAGCAAUCAAUUAUUCCUGCAGUCUUGCCUCCUCCAUGCCAAAUUUCAAGAUCCUGAAUAUACGACGAGUUUCAUCCCGGAACUGAUGACCACGCUUGUCCGAAAUCCGUAUGUAAAGCACAGCGACGAAUUCCAGAACCUCCUCUCCUUCAUACCGUCAAUGUUACAGCAGAAGAAGCAAGAUUCCACUUCAGCAAGACGUCCUUUUGCGAGCAUACCACCCUCUUUCAAGAAUCAGAAGAUGGACGCAGCAAAUACCCAAGCUAGCAUGGUGACCAUUCCAGGCCUCAGUGGAAAGACUAAUAUUGUUGUUUGGGACGGAAGAAAUUCCGUCAAGGUAGUCCCUUACAAUGAAACCGAGUCCAGCAAAGGAGACGAGGACUUGAAGCCGGGUGUCUUGCUUGCACGGGGCUAUAACAAGCUCAGCUCAAGACUGCGGGAUACUCCGGCUCUGCAAAAGACCCCACCUCAUGCUACCUCCAUGGAUAUCCUAAGCAUUUCACAGACAGCUCUUCAGAAUUCAGAACUAUGGACCCUCGACGACAUUUCAGUUACUGUUGAUGGCCAACGGUAUACCAUCUUCGCCUCAUCUGGUCCACAAGGAGGGUCUGAGGCGGGUGCACACCAAGAAGUUUUUGCCCAUAUUCCCGCAUUCGGAACAUACGUCAAGUACCACCACUUCUCCCGUCUCUCAUAUGGCGAAUCACUCCGAAGAUCGGCAAAGAUGGCAGCGGCAGCUGUGGAUAAAUCACCCAAAGCAACAAUGCCUUGCAGAGUUCUCAACGUGCUGAAGAAAGACGGUGAGAUGUUGAAGGUUGGAGAAAUUGCAAUGGUUGUCGAAAGUAUGAAGAUGGAGAUGAACAUUCUGGCUACUGCGGAAGGCAAAUUCACAGCCAAGUUUCAGAAAGGAGACGCAGUAAACGAAGGCGAAGUGCUAUUCACUGUAGAUUAA